CGGGAGGGGGGCGGCUGCGGGUGGAGGUGCGCUUCUGACAAGCCCGAAAGUCAUUUCCAAUCUCAAGUGGACUUUGUUCCAACUAUUGGGGGCGUCGCUCCCCCUCUUCAUGGUCGCGGGCAAACUUCCUCCUCGGCGCCGCUUCUAAUGGAGCCCCACCUGCUCGGGCUGCUCCUCGGCCUCCUGCUCUGUGGCACCAGGGUCCUCGCCGGCUACCCAAUUUGGUGGUCCCUGGCCCUGGGCCAGCAAUACACAUCCCUGGGCUCACAGCCCCUGCUCUGCGGCUCCAUCCCGGGCCUGGUCCCCAAGCAGCUGCGCUUCUGCCGGAAUUACAUCGAGAUCAUGCCCAGUGUGGCCGAGGGCGUGAAACUGGGCAUCCAGGAGUGCCAGCACCAGUUCCGGGGCCGCCGCUGGAACUGUACCACCAUAGACGACAGCCUGGCCAUCUUCGGGCCCGUCCUGGACAAAGCCACCCGUGAGUCGGCCUUCGUGCACGCCAUUGCCUCUGCCGGUGUGGCCUUCGCCGUCACGCGCUCCUGUGCUGAGGGCACCUCCACCAUCUGCGGCUGUGACUCGCACCACAAAGGGCCGCCUGGCGAGGGCUGGAAGUGGGGCGGCUGCAGCGAGGACGCCGACUUCGGGGUGCUCGUGUCCCGGGAGUUCGCAGACGCGCGGGAGAACAGGCCAGACGCGCGCUCGGCCAUGAACAAGCACAACAAUGAGGCGGGCCGCACGACCAUCCUGGACCACAUGCACCUCAAGUGCAAGUGCCACGGGCUGUCCGGCAGCUGCGAGGUCAAGACCUGCUGGUGGGCCCAACCCGACUUCCGCGCUAUCGGCGACUUCCUCAAGGACAAGUACGACAGUGCCUCGGAGAUGGUGGUGGAGAAGCACCGUGAAUCCCGCGGCUGGGUGGAGACCCUCCGUGCCAAGUAUGCGCUGUUCAAGCCGCCCACCGAGAGGGACCUGGUCUACUACGAGAACUCCCCCAACUUCUGCGAGCCCAACCCCGAGACGGGCUCCUUUGGCACCAGGGACCGGACUUGCAAUGUCACCUCCCACGGCAUCGACGGCUGCGACCUACUGUGCUGCGGCCGCGGCCACAACACGAGGACGGAGAAGCGGAAGGAGAAAUGCCACUGCAUCUUCCACUGGUGCUGCUACGUGAGCUGCCAGGAGUGCGUCCGCAUCUACGAUGUGCACACCUGCAAGUAGGGAGCCAGGGCACUGGGAACGGGUGAAGUGUGUGGCUGGGCAGAUUCACCGAAGUCCCAUGGGAAAGCAGGACCUGGAGCCGGGCGCAGCCCUCAGCACCAGGCAGCCAGGAACCCGGACUGUUGCCAGACACCCGUGCGGUAAACGACCUGGACCCAAGCUGCCCGCUGCCGGGGAGGCCUCCCUCGCCCUGUCUCUUAAGUUUCUCACCCUGCUGUGGAUGGUGUGUGGUUUUUAAAGAAGGGGCUUUCUUUUUAGUUCUCUAGGGUCUGAUAGGAACAGACCCCAGGCUUAUCUUUGCACAUGUUAAAGAAAAUAAAAAUGGAAAAAAAAAUUCUACUCCGACAGAACAGGCUGGGCUGCCGUGAGCUCUCUGCCUGGUGGUGAAGACCUCGGCUGGGGCAAGAUUCUGUUUCCAGUCGGCCUCUCCUGGUGCCAUGCAAGAUGCCUGUGCGGGGGGUGUUAUGAAGUCGGACAGAGCCCAGCGGUCUCCUUUUCUCUGUCUCCUCCUGCUCAGAUCUGAUAGACCUCCACAUUCUCACGAAAGCCAUAGGGUUAGCUAGGAUCCAGUGGGAGGGAGGCCCAAAGCAAUUGUCGGGGUGGGCUUGGGAGUCCUGAAGAACCAGGAGCGCCGGGUGGCCUGGCAGGCUGUUGGAAGAGCGACUGUGUCUUGUUCUCAGUCUCGCUUCCUCUGCAGCCCUGUUCCGCACGCGAGGCCCUUGUGAACCGCAGCCCUAGCUCCCGGUCGCCUGCUCCCCUUCCGCGCUGUCUACCAGGAAUGCAGGGCAGGGCUUGGGGGCUUUUUUUUUUUUUUAAAGGAUGAACCGAUGUAAAUAGGUUAUGUUUAGGGGGUGGUGAGCCUUCUGCAGCUCCAUGGGGCUUCCUAAAGAAAGAAGCGGUAUCGUUAGAAGGGGCCAUUCACUCCCUCCCGGCCCUGCUCACUGGCAGAUUCCCCACCCAAACAACACCAGGGAGAGCAGCUGGGGCGUCUAGGUCGCCUGCGUAGAAAUCAGACAAAGGGUCAGAGACAGAGCAGCAGCCGAUUCCUGAUGUUCCAACUUGGUGACUUGUAGCUAGGGAGGAUAACACGGCUCCUUAGUUUCCUCUCCGAUAAAGACCUGUCUUCCGGCCUCCUUUCCCUCCUUUGGCCCGUGCGGGUAAAAGAGAAACGCAGAGUUCUUUAACACACACCUGCCGGCCUCACCUGUGUGCAGAGAGCCCGCCAGUCCACGCAGUUCCCAAGGAUCUGGAGGAGGUGUUCGAAGGCGGGCAAGCAGUCACUUGCUCCCUCCGGUAAAACCUCUCUCCGCUGAGCUCCCCGUGCUCCGCCAGGUCCUCUCAAAAGUCCUGAACGGAGGCCAGCGGAUCGGACAGCACGAACCCAGGCCACAGCUCUGUCUUAGGGAGAAUCAGGAAGAAGAGAGGCGGCAGGGGUAGAGACGGGAAAAAGAGUUGUUUCUUCCUUUCUUUACUUCCUUCUCUCUUUGGUCUAACACUGACCUCAGCUGCUGGGUCAAGUGAUCUUCCUGCUCUACUCAGGCAGGCUUGCCAAGACCGUCUAGAAGCCAUGCCCGCACUCUUGAAUCUGUGGGCAACGAGCCCGGCUACAGAUACACAUCCCAUCCCCUGUCCGGACAGUCCGAAAUGCCCCUCCCCAUCUCACUUUAGACUGAAAAGUUUUCAAUCAUGUCAACCGGAUAAUGCUUGCUUUAUGUGAGAAUUAUUUCAGCAGAAUGGAUACAAAUUUUCAGAACAGUCUUUUCAUAUCUAUGUAUUCUAUAUUAAAAGUGAUAAAGUCAUGUUUCUGGGGCGUAUUCAAGUAGCUGACAAGUAAUUAUUUAAUAAUAGUACACUGAGCACAUUGUAAUUAUUCUCGCCGUAGUCAGGUAAUAGUAUCCAACCGAAAUUUCCUACCGACCUGCUGUAUCCAAAGUUUUGUAAAAAGUUGUAGAAGUUGUUGAUCUUUUUGAUUUUAUAUUCAAAAAGUCUCUUUUUAUAAAUAUUAUUUAUUAUACAAUGUAUAUACCUUUGAGUUAACUAAGAUUAUAUAUUAUAUAAAUAUAUAUAUAUUUGGAGAAAAUCUAUUUCAUCAUGCAGUUUUUUUCUGUUAAGUCAUUAAAGAGAAGGUAAACUUAAAA